AUGUGUCAUCAUCGGAAAAUUAUCUAUCAGUGCAACCACACUGCCAUUGACCCCUCUCCCCUGAAAGUCUGCGAGGUGCGGCGGGACCACGAGUCAGGGCUAACUUCGGGAUCAUGCGACGUUGUAGAGACACAUGGAUGGAGCAACUUCAAAGUUCCUCGUCUUUGCUCACUUUGUCAUGACAAGAAGACAAGCCUUGAUAACCGACUUAGCAGGGCAAAGUCACUGAUAGCGGACCUAAAGAAGCAGUUGACCGAAAGUUACGACCAGUGUGUAUUGCAUAUGGAUGAGGCUGGCUUGGAAUCCGAGAAGAAGCAGGAACCUUCUCUAGUGGUACCAGAGAAGGCGGCCACCGUAGAGUCGGAUAGUGUUGACAAUGACCCUGAAGAAACAAUGGAGAAAAUCGACCCUGUCGAGGAGUUCCUAAAGAAGAAGAAACAGGAGAGUUACGCUCAUCUCAUGAUGAUCUCGGAUUACAAGUAA